AUGAGGAUUUCUGAUGGCGAAACUAUAAAAGGUGGAACUCUGAAAUGUAUAAAUGUGAGAGUAAGUAAAAAUAUGAAGACAGUGAAAGGCAAAACCAUGGAGGGUAAAACUGUAAAAUGUGAAACUGUGAAAUGUGAAAAUGUGGAUAGCGAACCUGUAAAUAAAUUUAUAAAAAUUAAUAAAGUUGCAUCUAGUUCUAAUAUGUCUGAAGUGGCUGAAGCCUUAGAAAUUCAUAUAGAAAAAGAGAUAUUAAAUAAGAAGAUUAAUUUUAUAUAUAGUGAACUAUUUGUUAGCACAUCAUUACAAAAAUAUCAAAACAAGAAUAAUAUAUGCAAUCUUAUUCCUAAACAUCAUUAUAAUAUUCAAGAAGCUCAAGUUCAACUUUGUUUACAAAAAAAAAUAGAUUAUGAUCAUUUAAUAGAUCAUUUUAAAAAGGCACUAAAUUAUUCAUUAGAGGAUAAUGAUCAAAAUAAUUUAGAUGAACUCAUUUUAUUUUAUAUUACUAAAAAGAAAGCAAUGCGAAAUAUUCAAAUUCAACAAAUAUAUACUAAUGAAAAUCAAGCCUCAGUUAAUAUUAAAUUAUCUGAUGAGUAUAUUUAUGAUGUUAAUUCUAUUAAAGAUCCAGUAGUACGUAGAGGGAAAAAUAGACCUCUCAGCAAAAGAUUGAAAGCCUUUAAUGAAAAUAAAA